GAGUUAUUUAUUUUUGAUUUCCUGUAAAACACUCAAGUUCCAGAUUUUAAUCAUACGUUUCCGAUAUUUAACGUAGCUCAAAUUAAUUUAGCCCAGUAUUUCAGAAAUAUUAAAUAUACGUAAAAAUUAAAAAUUUAUUUAUGUAAAUGAUAUUUUUAAAAAAUGUACAAUGAAGUUAUUAACUUCAAAUCAAGCCUGUCAAUAUGACAAAUUUCAGACUUUCUUCUUUCGUUUAAGGAUACGGAUAUUUUUAUCAAAAUUGAUAUUGAUUUUACAAAUUUAUUUAUUUUAUUAUCAUCGUUUAUUAUUAUCAUUUGAAUUAUAAUUUAUAGGUACAAUAUGUUGAUAAUCUUGUUUUUCUGUUAAGAUAACCUAUGUGUAUAAACCAUAUGAUUUAUAUAUGUAUAUUGUAGCCAGUAAUAAUGUUCAGCAUUCUACGUGGGCAUGUUCAACAUAACCUUAUAAAAUUACGUUUAAAGGAACGUAACAUUUAUGUUACAUAUUUUUUAGUUUUUUCUUAAUGUAAAGAAUAAAUAAAAUUCAAAAUGAAAACGCAGAACUGGAAAGAAUUAGAGUCGCCUUUAAGUGAUUCUGUAUUGAAGACUAUUAAAGAAUUAAAUUUUCCUUAUAUGACACCGGUGCAGGCAGCUUCCAUACCAUUAUUACUAAACGGAAAAGAUGUUGCUGCAGAAGCGGUAACAGGAAGUGGAAAAACAAUUGCUUUUUUAGUUCCAUUAUUAGAAAUCUUACAGAAAAGGAACGAAAAGUGGAAACCUACAGAAAUUGGGGCAAUAAUAAUUAGCCCUACAAGAGAGCUGGCUGUUCAAAUAAAUGAAAUUUUACAAAAGUUCCUGAAUAAUAUACCAGGUUUAAAACAAGUAUUACUUGUUGGUGGUACAACAAUUGCAAUAGAUGCAGACAAAGUUCAAGCAGGAGCAAAUAUUAUUGUAGCAACACCUGGUAGAUUAGAAGAUAUGUUGUGUAACUGUAAAAGUAUAAACUUGGUAGCAUGUGUAAAAUCUUUGGAAAUACUGAUCUUAGACGAAGCUGAUAGAUUAUUAGAUUUAGGUUUUUCUGCGACAUUAGACACAAUAUUAUCUUAUUUGCCACGUCUCAGAAGAACAGGUUUAUUUUCUGCAACUCAAACAAAGGAAUUACAACAAUUAAUAAGAGCUGGGCUUAGAAAUCCAACUCUGAUAACUGUUAAAGAGAAACCAAAUAUUUCUACACCAUCAAACUUAAAAAAUAAUUACGUGAUUGUGAAUGCUGAAUGCAAAUUAUCUAUAAUGAUUGAUUUUAUUAGAUAUAAAGGCAUUAAUUUAAAAUAUAUGAUUUUUUUAUCUACUUGCGCAUGUGUUGAUUAUUUUAGUCACGUUAUACAAACUAUGUUGCCGUCUAUUCAAGUAUUUGCAAUUCACGGUAAAAUGAAAAGCAAGCGGUAUAAAGUAUUUAACGACUUUCGAUCUACUGAAAGUGGGAUUUUAAUUUGUACAGAUGUAAUGGCUCGUGGUAUUGAUAUUUUAGAAGUGGAUUGGGUAUUACAAUAUGAUCCCCCCUGUUCAGCUAGUAGUUUUGUUCAUAGAUGCGGCAGAACUGCUAGAAUAGGUAAUGAAGGAAAUGCGUUGUUAUUCCUCUUAGAAACAGAAGAUGCAUAUGUAGAUUUUAUUAAAAGAAAUCAAAAAGUAGAUUUACAACAAAUAGUUCUGGAACCAUCCAUAAUUUCGUAUGAGAACUGUUUGAAAUGUAUGAGAAAUUUACAAAAACAAGAUCGAUUUCUUUUUGACAAGGCUAACAGAGCGUUUGUAUCAUACAUCCAAGCAUAUAAUAAACACGAAUGUAAUUUAAUAUUAAGACUGAAAGAUAUUGAUUUAGGAAAACUUGCAAUGGGUUUUGGUUUAUUGAAAAUGCUUCGUAUGCCAGAGCUUAAAGGGAAAGAUACAACUAAUUUUGAGGAAGAAGAUAUUGAUAUCAAUUCACUUGCGUAUUCAGAUAAACAAAAAGAGAAAAGUCGUUUAGAAAAAUUAAAAAUUUUUCAAAAUACCGGAAUGUGGCCUAAGACACAAAAACGUAAAUGCAAGCAAACUGAACCUUGGUCUGAAACUAAGAAAAGGAAGAUAGAAAAGCAGGAAAAUCGUAAAAAAAGAAAAGAGAAAAAAUUAAAACAAAAAAUGUCUGCAAACAUGACAAAAAAACAAAAAAGAAAAAUAAAUGAACAAGAUAUCGAAGAUCUAGCCAAAGACAUAGCGUUAAUUAAAAAAUUAAAGAAAAAAAAGAUAUCGCAAGAAGAAUUUGAUAUUGCUUUUGGGAUUGAUUGAAAAAUUUAAUAGCAAUGAAUAAUAUAGUUAUUUACAGAAUAAGAUAAGCAUAAGAUAAGAUAUAAUAAGAUAUAAGAAGGUAAAUAAUACACUGAAGCUAUGUUUAAAUGAUUGUUCUUGUUCAGAUAAAAAAGUAAUAUGAUCUUAUUUAUAAUCUUUCAAGUACUUGCGCUCAGGUGAAUUUUACUUAUUAGUUAUCCAAAUUAUAAUGAAUUAUUAAAAUGAUUAUAUAUUUCAAUGAUUAUAUUUCAAUUUUUUAUAAUUAAAUAUUUUUAUAAAAAUUAAAAAGAAUAAUUUACAAUCAAAUAUAAAAUAAAAAAUACUAAUGUAUAUAAGAUAUAUUUUAGUAAAAUUGAUUCCUUCAUAAUGUGAUAACAUUCUGGGUAUUGUGAUGAUGUAUGAUAUAUAGUAUAUGUAUCUGUGAAAUCUUUUUGAAGAAAGAUUUCAGUAUGUGAGUGAGUCCCACUCUCCCACUUAUUAUGUUGGCAUUGAGUAUAGUAGAAGGGAAGAACAAGCAUGAGGCAUAGUGAUGAGUCACUAGUUGUUUGUGCAAGUGUCAACUGAAUGUAGGAAAUAAUUUCAAUUUCUAUGAUUUUGUGCUAACAAUUUUUAUAAUAAAUAUUAAAACAAACAAAUAAAGAUGAAUGAUACAGAUGUUAGUGAUCGUCCGAAAUGGUUGUUAGAAUUGGAAAAUCGAAAAAGAAAGCCCCGAUUGGCACAUGAAGCUGGAGCAGGUGCACCGUGUGUUCUUUGUAAAACUGCGUGUCCAGGGUUGGAUUUACAUUUUUGGAGAAAAAUUUGUAAAAAUUGUAAAUGCAGCAAAGAUGAUCAUGAUGUUAAUGAUGAUGAUUUUCCACAAUUUGAUUUAUUAUUUGGAAGUUCAAGAAAAUAUAAGAAAAAAUCCAUAUUGUUACAUAUAAAUAAUGAAAAAGAACAUGUAGGAGAAGCAUUUGAAUGGGUACCAGAUACAACAAAAGAACUCGCUGCAGAUUAUAUGAAAGCCUUACCUAUAGAAAAGUUACCCAUUAAGGGAUCACCUGGAGCAGCUUUGAGGAGACAGUUGUUACAAAAACAACUACCUCUUCAUGACAUAGAUUAUAAAACUUGCGAUGAAUUAAGUGAUCAAGAGAAAAAACAAUUUGAAAGGUAUUUAGAAAAUAUAAAAAAAUAUGUGGGACAAGGAACAGUGACAAAGAUAUUAAGUGCUCGUCCAUUUGAUGGAUCGCUGAUAACACCUGUGAAUGCAACUGAUAUGCAACAUCUUAGUCCACAAAAUAAACCUAAUGUACCAUCAAGUUUUGUUCAGUUACGUACGCCAAGUAGUUUUGCUCCAAAAGGUUCACCCAAAAAGAAUUUAUAUGAAAAUUUAAAUAUACGUAACUUUUCUACUCCCUUAGAAACAAGUAACAAGAGUAAUAUUGAAAAUGUUCCAGUUUUUGAAAAACAUAACAUAAACAGUGAAGAUGAUAAAAUUACUAAAAGUAAUAAUCAUAAUAUAGCAAAAGACAAUUUGAAAUAUUUAGAUGAUGCAGCAGUCACGAAUGUUAAUUCUGAAACUGUACCUUGGAAUCCAUCAGAAUAUCAUAAGAUAGCAUAUAAAGAUGUGCUCAAAAAUCCAUCUACAUCUUUGUUACAUUCAAAACCACUAAAUGAUGAUGUUAAUACCGUAGAAGCUUUGUUAGCAAAUACUUUGCCAUUACAUAGUACAGUACAUGCAAAUGAUAUAGUUAGAAGUACACUGGAUGAAAAGGGUUUAAUGUAUAUACGCGAAAAACUCACAAAUAAAUAUAGUAAUCAAGAAAGUCAAGGGCAGGCACUAUGCAAUGGUCCAAAUUUCGCAAAAAGUUUAGACUCAAAUAACUUACUGUGUAAAAAUACUGAUUUUGGAUUACAAAGUGACAAUAUUUCUACAAACAACGAAGGAGCUGAUAAAACAGGCACUAUAAAAUACCCUGGAAUGUUAAUUCCAUCAAAGGAUAAACUUCAAAAAAUAAAACAGAAUAUUCGCGAUUCUGGAUUAAUAAAAGCACAAGUAGAAACAACGAAGACUGAUUCAAAUUUAAUUAACUCUGAUUCUUUGCAUUCUACAGGACCCUUCGAUGUAGAAAAUUUAACAGAAAAUAAGUUACAAAAUCCUUCAAAAGUAAUAGAAAAUUUAUUUCCUUUACCAGCAUCAUCGUCACAAACAUAUUUACAGACUUCUGAUAUUAAUAAUUGUCAAGGAAUAGUAAAUAGUUUUACAACACCUUUUACUACUAUUCAUUCUGAAAAAUUGCAGAAUCAAAUUUUUCCUUAUGAAACUAAUCCUCAAGUAAAACAAUCGGAACAACAUUUUCCAAAUAUGGAACAUCUUAGGAGUGUCACGGAAGAACUAACAAUAGAUUCUAAAUUACAAAAAUGUCAAAAAUGCGAAGAAGGAUUCCGUAUUGGUGAUGUUGCUGUAAUCACAGACAAAGCUAAAAAUGCAGUAUGGCAUCCAGGAUGUUUUACGUGUAGUAUGUGUAAUGAAUUAUUAGCCGAUUUAGUAUACUUUUAUUAUAAAAAUAAAUUAUAUUGUGGUAGAGACUUAGCAACACUCCUAGGAAUUCCUAGAUGUUUUGCUUGUGAUGAACUUAUUUUUGUACGAGAAUAUACUGUCGCAGAAGGACAUAAUUAUCAUGUAAAACACUUUUGUUGUUGGGAUUGCGAUAUUCCAUUAGCUGGAAAACAAUAUAUCACAGAAAAUGAUUGUCCAUUAUGUCUUUUGUGUUAUCAAAAAACAUAUGCAAAAACGUGUAAUAUGUGUGGGAAGAUAAUUGCUGCUGAUCAACAAGGCGUUGCUGUUAAGGAUUUAAAUUUUCAUGCAACAGAAGCUUGCUUCCAUUGUUAUAUUUGUAAUAAAAAUUUGUUAAAUGGCAGAUUUGCUGUUAAAGAGAAAAAAAUAUUCUGUAGCAAGGAAUGCAUUUCAAAUUUUUUACAUCCACAGAUUAAAUAAAUUAAGAAAUAUUAUUUAUAUCAUACUAUCUUUAACAAUUUUGCAUCUUUCGAAAUAUUAUGAAUUAUUUGCUAUAAAAUACAGUAUAUUAUGUAGUUUUUAAUUUGUUGUAUACGUCGUCAGUAUAAAAUGUACAUCAUUAAAAAAACAAACAUUUUACACAAGCAUGUGUAUAAAAAUAUAUUUUCACUAGAUAUUUAGUUCUUUAACAAAUAUUCAUUAUAUACUUACAUUUAUGUUACAUUUUAAGCAAUUCAUUAUCAUUCAUUAUAAAAGAUAUCUUAC